UUUAGACAACCCAAACGCACCACAAUCAUUUCCCGCCAAACACCCCACGUUUCUAAGCCCUCAGUCUCCUUUUCCCGCCAUAUCCUUCGUUCUUCGCUCUCUCAGUCUCAGACCUUUCUUCUCUGCCUCUCCAAAAUUCUCGAUCCCAAGCAGCGGCUGCCAUUACAGCUUAGAGUCACUGAUCUGAAACAAUGGCGAGGGAAGAGGUUGAAGCUGAAGUGGACAAAAUGGAGAUUGAUAGAGUCGAACAAAGGGAAGGGAAUGCGGUUCCUGAGGGAUUCAAUGCUAAUUAUCUCAAAGUUUAUUACGGGAAGCUAUUUCCACACGUUGAUAUGUUCAAAUGGAUGUCAUACGGAAAUGAUGGAAAGCAUCUUGGGUGUGACCACUCCUAUUUUGGGCGAAGGGAAUUUUCUUUCACUCUGGAUAAUGAUAUUUAUUUGCGGUUCCAGUCAUUCAACAGUGUGUCAGAACUCGAGAGCUCUAUCAAAGAAAAAUGUCCAGUUAAAAUAGACAUUGGGCCUGUUUACAGCGUAGAUCCUGCAAAGAGACGUGCAUAUGCACAAACUGGUGAUAAUGUUUUCACUCCCGUGGAAAGGGAGCUUGUUUUUGACAUAGAUAUUACAGAUUAUGAUGAUGUUAGAUACUGCUGCUCAGGGGCUGAUGUUUGCUUGGACUGCUGGCCACUGAUGACAAUUGCUAUCAAAGUUAUUGAUACUGCUCUCAGAGAUGACUUUGGUUUUAACCACAUUCUUUGGGUAUAUAGUGGACGACGUGGUGUUCAUUGCUGGGUUUGUGAUGAGAAAGCAAGAAGGUUGACCAAUGAACAGAGGGCAGCUGUUGCCGACUAUUUCCGUGUCUACAAGGGAAAUGAGAAUAGUCAUAAAAAGGUAUCAUUAAUUGGUCCAGCUCUUCAUCCAUUCCUUGUGAGGUCGUAUAAUGAGGUUCUUAGGAACUUUUUUGAGACAAAACUGCUCUCAGUUCAAAAUUUAUUUUCAUCUGAGGAGAGAUAUGAAAAGAUCUUGGAUAUGAUUCCGGAUGAAUCUGUUACUUCUGAGCUUCGUGGGAAGUGGCAGGAGAAUAGGCGCUCUUCUAAUUCAAAUGACAUUAACAUUACUCGAUGGGAGCAGCUGAAACAUCUGCUGCAAUCAGGAAACAAGAAGGCACAAGGAUUGCGUAGAUGCGUUGAAGAGAUUGUUUUUUCUUAUACCUACCCUCGACUUGAUAUGGAGGUUUCUAAACACAUGAAUCAUUUGCUUAAAGCUCCCUUCUGUGUACAUCCAAAAACAGGCCGUGUUUGUGUUCCAAUUGAUCCAAGCCAAUGUGAGGAAUUUGAUCCUACCACAGUACCAACUCUUUCCCAGCUUUUGGAAGAACUCAACAUUGGAGGGAUGAAAGCAGAUGCUGAUAACGAUUGGGAUAGGACUUCGCUUGGAAAAUCAAUCAGGUUUUUCAGAACUUCAUUCCUCCAGCCUCUACUAAAAUCCUGCAAGGAGGAUAUUGAAAAUUCAUACAGCGCAAAACUUCAGCAUUCAAAGAACUCGAUUAGUUGGUAGCACAUUCAUAAUUAUUUUAACAUGAUGCUUUCUGUUUAUCGGAGGCCGGUGGUGCUUUUGUUGUAAUUUUAUUUCAAGAAACUUGUCUUUCAGUGACUGAUUGUUGUAUAUCCCCCACACCAGUCUUUCCAAUGCAGUGUAACGGCAAAUUGACUUGAUUGUUAAACUGUGGUAUCCUGCCUUAGAGAUUUAAUGGCUUAAAAUUAUGCUUAAACAGCACAUGUGUAAUCUUGAGUGUUUUCUUUAUAUUCGGAUUCUUGCGAGACCAA